UUUUCAUACGAUUAGUCAUCUAGUACAGGUAUGUGUAGAUUUAAUGGAAAUUUUCACGAGAAAUAAGACAUGAAGAAAAGAUCUUAUGGACAAAUGGCGGAUAUUUCUUGUUGUGUGUUAUGACUUGAUCCUCUUGGUCAGAGCAGACACGAUAAGCACACCUGACACGUGUCAACAAGAUUCAGAUAAAACGGAUUACUCGAAAUGGGAAGUUUGGAAUCUAGUCAUCUAUAUUCUAAUAGGAGGAGUUGUAUUUUUCGCAUUCUGUUGCUGCUUUUGCGCACAUUUCGUUAACUGGAAAAGGCGGAAACAAUCUUCAGAAAGUCCCGCGACACCAGACGUCUGGAACAUUGAGUCAAGCAUAGGAAAUCACUCCUUUAAUGGACACAUAAACCCGGCCUUCUCAUCAUCAGAUACCAUUAACAGGAGCCAAGUUCCAUCCGCACCAUUGUAUACAGCUAUUGAUUUGCCACCAUCUUACGAAUCUGUCAUGGAACAAAUUAACAAACAGAAUUAAAAAAGACAGAAAUUGUCAAUCGACCAUGUCGAAGAUUGAAAAGUGUCCGAAUAUUGAUUGAAGACUGAUCGAAUAAUAAUCACUUCACUGCUCAGUUAGUUGUAUUUUCAAAUGUACAUGUAUGCUAUGUGUUAUUCGUAUAAUAUUUUAUAUAAUUGUA